GCCUCUAAUAUGGUAUUAGCAGAUUACAAUUUUAGCACUAUAGUUUCUGUUGUUGGAGAAGGCAUAUCUAUUUACAACAACAUGAAAGCUUUUAUCAGGUAUAUAUGCAGUUUUUCCAUGAGUUUCACCAGCGUCCAUGGUAAGAGUCCAUCCACGGAAUAUGCAAAGUUGAGGAAGGAUUCACUAGAAAGUGAAUUUGGACAUGCUCUUGGAGCUAAUCCCUCCAGAAUUUUUUCUGCUGCCUACUGUUUUGGUCCAUUUUUGGCUUUGUGUAGACCAGCAAUUAUUUUGUUUCAUGUGUUGAAGCUAACAAUCUGGCAAUUCUUUGUUCAAGACAUAAGGAAACGUGCCAUCAAGGAAUAUUGUGCAGCAAUGUGAAUAUUCAAAUGUUAAAGCUACUGAACUGAUUCUCCCACAGUUUGUUAACCAAUAUUACAUCAUAGUGGUGGCAGAAGCAGAAGAAAAAAAAGAGGAGCAGCAGGAGCAGGCAUUAGUAGUAGCCGAAGUGGGCAAGCAAUCAUAAAUAGUCCAAUAAUCACUGUAUCCGUUUCUAGCACACUUAUGUUUUUGUCUCUGAUGCAAUGUGAGACAAUAAAUUGUCACUGAAUCAUGACUUUGUGGAACCAUGACUAAUACGAAUGUAUCUAUCUUGGUGGAUCCAAUGUAUUUUGAAGUUUAAA